AUGGCGCCCGCGAGCGGGGCUGCCGACAUCGAGGCAGCUCCAGAGGACACCAGACGGCUCUACAAGGAGUACAAGAUGCUCAAGCAGCAGAGAGAGGAGUCGGAUCCCUCCCAGCUCAGUCCCUCCUGCCAACCGGCAGCCCCAGAGCAGGUGCCGGAGUCCAGUUGUUGGGGUGCACACCUGAACCGACAGCCGAAAACCCCCAGGCUGAGCCACCGCAGCUGCGCUGUGCCGAAAGCCUCAGCACAGUACUACGGGAUGAAGCUGAAAUCCAACCUGGGAGCUGCCGGGAAGGAGACACCCCUGACCCUGAGGAGGACCCCCACUGUCAGGCGAACCCUGGCUGUCCCUGGGCUUCAGACAAAUUUGGGGACAAGUGACAAAGCCAUGGCGCCGGCGGAGGCCUCACAGAGUGAGGGAGGCGAGCCGGGAGAUCUCCUCCUUCCUCCCUCGGUGUCAGGGUUGGCCCCCAUCGUCCUCGCUGCAGGGUUGAAGCCCCCCCUGCCACCGCCGCCAAAUAAAUUCCAGCAGCUGAAGCAGACAGUGGCACAGAGACUGGGCUCGCUGGAUCCCGCCUGGCUGCAGAGGUGCCAGGGGUCACCGGGGGAUGAAUGGACAAUCCCGGGUGCCACGCAGGAGAGGGAGCGAGGAGAGAUCGGAUGUGCCCCCCUGGAGCAGGAGGGAGGCGGUGGGAUGCCAUCGGUGGAAGAUUCCGGGAGGAAAAGGCCACACGGAGAUGGUGGAGACGGCAUGGCGGCUCCCGCAAAGCUCAGGCGGUGCCGCCGGGACUCAGCCAAGGGAACAUUCAGCGCUGCCAGCGGGCUGAAGCAGAGCAAGGAGGAAGAGGAGGAGGAAGAAAAGCGUGCGGCAGCCCAAAAGGAAAGUGGGAAGGUGUCGGAUCCCUUGGAAAACAUCCUGGGGGAGUUGGAGGAGGAGGAGGAGGGGAAGCCCAGACCCACCCACAGAGCUGGUGCUGCCAGAGCACCUCCACAGAGAGGUGGCAACUUCGUCAGGCUUAACCUGAAGAAGAAAUCUUACGUCCGAGGAUACGCCCUGCGGGGAAAUCGCCUUCGCAAGCAGGUGUGGAAGCAGAAGUGGAAGAAGAAAGCAGAGCGGUUCGGAGGAGGCAGCGGAUCCAUCGACCGAAGCUCGGACAUCUGCUUCAGGUGCGGCGGGACGGGGCACUGGGCAUCAGCGUGCCAGGGCCGAGCUGCCGUCCCGCUGCCGGAGGAGAGCAGCUGCGCGGAUGAAGAGGAAGAGGCUCCCCUGCCCACGCUGGAAGAAGUGGCUCACAGGACCAACACCGUCUGCCGAGAGCUCUCCUUCUCCGGUGAGGCCCCAUGGCUUGCUGAGGCAACGACUUACCUGGAUGUACGGAGGCCGGCAUACGAGCCACCCGCUCCCCCUGCACCCAUGGAGCCCCUCUAUGACCUGGGGCCAGAGGGAAAGGUGCGAGAGACCCCGGAGGAGGUAUUUGAUGCUCUGAAGGCGCUGGGCUACAGCUCCUUCCGCCCGGGCCAGGAGGUGACCAUCAUGAGGAUCCUCUCCGGCCUGUCCACGCUGGUGGUGUUAUCGACGGGGAUGGGGAAGUCCCUCUGCUACCAGCUCCCCGCUUACCUCUACCACAAGCGCUCCCAGUGCCUCACCUUGGUCAUCUCCCCACUGGUGUCCCUGAUGGAUGACCAGGUUUCGGGGCUGCCGCCGUGCCUGAAGGCCGUCUGCAUCCACUCCAACAUGACCAAAGCCCAACGGGAAGCAGUGAUGGAGAAGGUGAAGCAGGGCGAGGUGCAGGUGCUGCUGCUGUCCCCUGAGGCCCUGGUUGGCGGAAGCGGAUCGGGAUCCGGCUGCCUGCCCUCUGCCGAUCAACUGCCGGCCGUGGCCUUCGCCUGCAUCGACGAAGCUCACUGCGUCUCCGAGUGGUCCCACAAUUUCCGUCCCUGCUACCUGCAGCUCUGCAAGGUUCUCCGAGAUCGCCUGGGCGUGCGUUGCUUCCUGGGCCUGACAGCAACCGCCACCCUGGCCACAGCACGGGACGUGGCCCAACACCUCGGCAUCCCAGCAGAGGAAGGGAUAGCCGUGCGUUCCGCCGCCGUGCCCCCGAACUUGCACCUCUCUGUCUCGAUGGACAGGGACAGGGAUCAGGCCCUCAUUGCCCUGCUGCAAGGGGAACGUUUUGGGUGCCUGGACUCCAUCAUCGUCUACUGCACAAGGCGGGAGGAGACAGCUCGCAUCGCAGCGCUUAUCCGGACCUGCCUCCAAGGAACGCUGCUGAAGGAACCCGCCGGAGCCAAAGAGCCGGAACAGGAUGCUGCCGAAAGGAAAAAAGCGAAGGCAAAGAAGACCGUCCGCCGGCCGCUGAAGUGGAUUGCGGACGCUUACCAUGCUGGCCUAUCCGCUGCCGAACGCCGACGCGUCCAGAAGAGUUUCAUGAGCGGCCAACUCCGCGUGGUGGUGGCCACGGUGGCUUUUGGCAUGGGGUUGGAUAAAUCGGACGUCCGCGGCGUCGUGCAUUACAACAUGCCCAAAAAUUUCGAGAGUUACGUGCAGGAGAUCGGCCGGGCCGGGCGAGACGGUGAGCCGGCUCACUGCCAUCUCUUCUUGGAGCCGGAGGGUGGGGAUCUCCAUGAGCUGCGGCGCCACAUUUAUGGCGACACGGUGGAUUUUUUCACCAUCAAGAAGAUGGUGCAGAAGGUUUUCACUCCCUGCAAGUGCCUGGAGCUGCACCAGAAACACCAGGACGUCAUCAAGGACGGGGAGGUGGAGGAUGCUGAAAUGGCCGAGCUCUUGGAGGAGGAGGACAGCGGCAGUGGCGGCGUGGCGAGGCAGAGCAGGCAGCGGGUGUGCUACAAGCACGAGCGAGCCAUCCCCGUCCAACAAACUGUGGAAUCCCUGGACAUACGGGAGGAAGGCAUCGAGACCCUCCUGUGUUACCUGGAGCUGCACCCGCAGCGCUGGCUGGAGCUGCUGCCUCACACCUACUCCUCCUGCCGGCUCCUGUGCUACGGGGGACCCCAGCAGCUCCGGACCGUGGCACGGAGUUCUCCCCCCAUCGCCGUCUUCCUGGCCCGGGAGCGCCUGGCAGGGAGGAACCACAGCAACACCAGCUCCCUGGAAUUCAAUGUGGUCUCGCUGAGCGACUCCAUGGGUUGGGAAGUACCGCUGGUGAAACGUGCCCUGCGCCAGCUCCAGUGGGAUCCGCGCCUGCGGCAAGACGGUCGCAGUGAGGGGAAGAGCGGGGUCAUGGUGGAGUUUGGAGAGCUGUCCUUCCACCUACGUGCCUACGGCGACCUCACCGACCAGGAGCUGGACUCUGUCUGCGAUUUCCUCCACCGAAGGGUGGUGGCCAGGGAGAAGAUGGCUCUUGGACAACUCCACACCUGCUUCCAGGCCUUCCAGAGUGUGGCCUUCCAGACCUGGGGUCCUCACCCUGCGGAUGAGGAAGAGGAGAGGAGUUCCUGCCUGAAGGCUCUGCUCAGCGACUACUUCGAGAAGGAGCCCACUGCCGAGCAGGCUGAGCGUGGCUGUGAGGAGGAGGAGGAAGAGGAGGAGGAAGAUCUCGGCGACACUAAACUGCGGGACUGGGAGACCCAGACCCGCGCCGACAUCCGCCGUUUCCUCUCCAUCCGCCAGGACGAGAAGUUCUCCGGCAGGGCCAUCGCCAGGAUAUUUCACGGCAUCGGCAGCCCCUGUUUCCCUGCCCAGGUCUAUGGCCGCGAUCGCCGCUUCUGGAGGAAAUAUCUCACCUUCGACUUCCACCAGCUCGCCCGCCUGGCCACCGAGGAGAUCUUGGCCAGCAGGUGA